GGGCGCCCUCUGCUCUAAACUCUACGCCGAGGCGCCUGUGCGAGCCCAUGGUUGCGAUGGCUCCUGGCCCAUCACUCAACGCAACAUGAUUUGCUGAGGGCUCAAAUAUCCCAUGCCCUGUCCUCUCCCCCUGGUUCAGAGAAGACCCCUCUCCCUAACGACAAGAGGGUUAGCUACCGUGGUGGAACGACUUCGCCAUCGCAUCGCCACUCAUGAUCUAAUGCUGCCUUUCGGUCUGGCUACCUUACGCGAUCGAAAGGAAGGUGAUCAAGCGGUGUAGGGGGGCCACUGGGCUCUGCACUAGAGGUUCAACAGGCGCCUUGCCCCAAAGUUGGGUUCGGCGACCGGCAAUCCGAUACCUAGGUUGUGCUGACCGUGAUGCCCUAUAGGCAUUUGCCGGGUCUACAGAUGAACGACAUUGUCUUCUGGUUCCACCACUCUUGCGAGCGCUUAGACCCACGCUCUACCUCGUGGUAGCCAAUGAUCUGGAAUGCAAGGGGACGUGUUGGCACCACCGACAGCUGAAAAAUGGGACCCUCUGUUACGCUCAACACUUUAAUUUGAACAGUCACGCAGCAGCCUGCCUGAACAGGCAAGUGUUCAACCCGAGUCCCGGUCAAAUGUGACUCGUUCAUUCCGAGCUGCAGUGGAAAAAUCGCUUUCUCACGGGAUUCAGACUGCGGCGCACCUGAACCUUCAUCCUGCAUAUGCAAGACACGGUAGAUUCUUUUGGGAGAUGGCUGGGUCAUUGCCAUGGCCCAUGGCGUCGUUUGACAGCUCAAGUCUGGAAAUGGACAGACACUCUUCGCAGUUUUGCACUACAUCCACCAUCCGCCCCCUAGGCUGAGUGGCAUCGGUCAAAUCUGUCGAGAAAACAAAACUAGCCCGGGGUUGCGGGGGCCCUUUUAUGGCUGGAAUGGUGUGAGACGACACGACCACGAUGUCUAGGGGGAUUUUGACCUGGUCCACUCAAGCUCGGCUGCCUGUUCCUCAUGCACGUCGCUGGGGUCUACUACCAGCAGUGCUGUUCUUUCUCCGUCUAUCAGAGCUGUCGCCCACAUUUGGACCCGGCAGGGCUCCUAUCACCUGUCCUUUCAGCCAAGACUUCCUCGUGUCAUAGCGUGAAGAGGUACGGCUGUGGUGCAUUUCCAGCACAAUCUCUGCAUCCUAGGCUGAAUGUCGAGCCCGAAGCCACUGCCGUUGAUGCCAUCCAUCCACACUUUACAAAAAUCGAGCUUUUUGAGAAAGGCCCGGGUUGCACGUUGUAUGUUGUCUCUGUAAUGCAUGCGAGGCAUUGUGGUGGUAACACAGGUUUGUUAGCUGCGAGCGACUAAAUUAACAUCUCCACGGGCUUGGCGCCGACCCUAGAUUAGAG